GUUAUGCGCUGCUGAGAACUACCUACGCUAGACUGCGUGAUCAACUUCACCAAGCGGAAGCUAACGCUGUAAGCAAUGCGGAUCUCCUCAAUGCUGAAAUGGAUAGUGCCCGUGUCGCCGCUGCCCAGGCCACGCGUGCAGUUCAGGCAACAUCUGAGGUCGAGAUCUCACGCUUGACUGCUGAAGUCAGGGAUUUCAGGAUGAUGAUGAGUCAUGAGUCAGAGAAAAGAAAGAUGGCGGAAAAAGAGAAUGCUGAACUGAAAUCGCAGCUAAGCCAGGCCAUCGCAGCUCUGCAGGCUCACACAAGCGCAACCGGGACGCCAAAGGGCCAAAGCCCCGACGCCACCCUGACGGGGGGAGGCCCUGAUGGAGAUGAUGAUGGCAGCGAUGAUGAUGACUCAAGCAGCAGUCAUAAGAAGAAGAAGAGCAAGAAGAAAGACAAGAAAAGCAAGAAAAGAGAUUCCAGUUCCUCUUCUGAUCUUUCGCCUAAGCAGCUCAAAGCAAUCAUCAAGCAACUUGACAAAGGAAAGACUAACGAGAAAGAGGAAGUUGAUGAGGAUGGUAACAAGACCAAGUCCAAGGAGGCUGAAAAGAUCCUGUUCCCGAAGUUCCCGACACCUGAACAGUACAGGAACUGGCGCAUUAGGGUUCGUGAAGCUGUGGUAGUAGCAUCCCAUAAGCCGGAUGAAGCUUUUGAAUGGCUUUCAAAGGUAUGGGACAAGGACUCUAAGGAAGAGGAGUUGAGAGACACAGGUAGUUUCUCCACUCUUGAUGCUAAGGUCUUGUCGGCAGUGACAAACGUGCUCGAAGGUGACUUCGCGCGCAAAAUGGACACCCUCAAGGAGAGAGAGGCUCACGCCGGGAGGCUGGUGAGGGGAAGACAAAUCCUAUUUCUCCUGCAUCAGUACUUUGCCACCAACAUCCUGCACAAUUCCGUGUAUGACAUGGAAGAUCUUCUUUCAAUGACGUUGGUCAACGAGAACCUUGUGAUGUUUAUUAGGAACUAG